AUGACGUCUACUUCUCAGAGAAAUGGUCAAACCAUACUCGAAUUGGCUAUGUCUUCAAAGAAUGUUACAUCCGACAUGGUACCGGUAGAGAGAACUUUGCUAGUAAUUGGGAGUAAAAAUGCGGGUAAAACUUCAUUAAUACAUUCAUUUUUUGACAAAAAUGAAAGGCCAAAACCCACACUGGCUUUGGAAUAUUCAUUCGCAAGAAGAUCUGGAAAAAGUUUAACAAAGGAUAUUUGUCAUGUUUGGGAAUUGGGUGGUGGUUUAGUUUUCAAAGAUUUGUUAUCCGUGAUAGUACAAAAAACGGGAGGUCGACGUUUGAGUGUCGUGUUGGUAUUGGAUCUAUCGAAGCCGGAUAUUCUUUGGAACACCAUGGAAAUGCUUCUAGAAGAAAUUAAGAUACACCUAGAAAAUGUACCAGAGAUUGAACAGUAUAAUCAGAUUAAUGUUAAAAAUGUCGAGGAUAAAAAGUUUUUGUCUCCACUGCCCAUACCACUAAUGAUUGUCGGAAGCAAAUACGACGUAUAUCAAAAUCUCGAACCUGCUAAAAAACGCGUGUUGUGCCAGUGUUUACGAUAUGUGGCACACACUUACGGAGCCUCGUUGAUUUUCUAUGGUGUAAACGACGCAGUUCUUGUGAAGAUAUCCAAAGAGAUGAUGUCACAUUACGGGUUUGGAACACCUUAUCCAAAGAACCAUAUAUACGAUUCAAAUAAACCACUCUUAGUGCCCGCAGGUUCCGAUUGUUUUGACAAAAUAGACAACCUCAAUGAAGCUGGAAGUAUUAGGUCAAUGCAUAAGUACAAGAGUGUAUUUGCUUCUAAUUUUAAACAGGUUGAUAACUAUUAA